CCGAGUAAUUGCUUUUGGACAGCAGAACACACUGAAAGCGUCGCCUAUUUCCAUCUUCGAUGAUAUGGGAAAUUUGGGCAUUUCACUCGGAGAUUGGCGUUCGGAACUACUGGAAUGAAUGGAUACACUAUGACAUCGUCUGCUGAAUGGCUAGCAGCAGCAGCAGACGGAAAAUUUGUGGUGGAUGUGUUUUGGGAAAAAAGCACGUGUCACCAAACUUGGAACGCAUCACCUCACACUCUCACUAUACAUAAUCUCUCACACUUUUCCUUUCUUUCUUUCUUUCUCUCUUCUUUCCUUUAUUUGUAAACCCCAUCAUUCACUUUGGGGCAACGCGGCGGAGAACAUGAACGUGUCUCGAUGUAGCACACCCGGAUCGGAAGAUGAGGGACGAUCAGGGUCUGGAUUUGAUAACUGUGCGGCGUUUCGGCGAGAGCAGGCCUUGGAUUGGGCAAUUGACCUCUUCUUUCUUUUUUCCUCUUUUAAGAGUGUUUUUCUUGACUGUCAAUCAACUGUAGUGUCUCAAGGAUUCUUUAGCGUAGUAAGGGUCUUCUGUCCGAGGGAGAUUAGGCAGGUUCAAGACAAGUUGUAUUCUGAGUUCUUUCUGGCCGUUCUUUCUGGUCCACUUUCUUUUGUGAGGAUGUUUGUUUAUGUGGGAUUGGGUGAGAGGGGAAGUGUGAGGUAUGAUUGGGAUGGGGUGGAGUGGGUUGUCUAGGUUCCUUUUUCAAUGAUACAUACUUUUGGACUACG